AUGGCGACGCUGCGCGGCCUGCACGAGCUGGUGCAGGGCCUGGUGCACCGGCGGGACCCACGCGUGCGUCAGUACGCCAUGCAGUCGUCGCCAGGCCCGGUGUUGGGCGCCAUCCUCGGCUACAUGCUGCUGGUGGCGUACGGGCCCCGCUUCAUGAAGAAUCGGUCGACGCCGCCGCUGCGGCUUGUUAUGUUCCUGUACAACGUUGGCCAGGUGUGGCUGAGUGUCUACAUCCUGCGGAAGUUCUAUCUCAGUGACUGCUUUGUGUUUCCAAGUGUGUGGCUGAGUGCCUACAUGCUACGGGAGUUCUGGGCGAGCCGGCCGGCUUACUGGACCUGCUCACCGGUCGACGUCUCUGAAGACCCCGUGUCACUUCGCCUGGUGAAUGCCUGCUGGCUGUUCCACGUCAGCAAGAUCAUCGACUUCCUGGACACGGUGUUCCUGGUGCUGAAGAAGGACCACAAGAGAAUGACGUACCUGCAUGUUUAUCACCAUGGCUCUAUGGCCUCAGGGUGGUGGAUCAGCACUUUGUACAUUCCAGGUGGCUCCUGCUGGAUUCCAGGCGCCCUGAACAGCUUCGUGCACUGCGUUGUGUACAGCUACUACCUGCUGGCCGGUUUGGGCCCCCGAGUGCGGCCCUACCUCUGGUGGAAGCGCUAUCUCACCCAGUUGCAGCUGGCCCAGUUUGGCUUCAUCCUGUUCAUGGCUGCUCUCAUCAAAAGCCCAGGACUGCGAUGCGGCAUGCCCGAGUACAGCUCCUCGAUGACUAUGAGCCACGUCUUCGUGCUCUCGGUGCUGUCCGUCGGCUUCAGCAUGCAGUCGGACGCUCGACUUCCGCAGCCGAGUCGGGACGCUGCUGCCACCAGUAUGCACAACGGCAAGAUCCACGGCUCCAGGAAUGGCAAGCCCAAUGACAAAACGAACGGCUCUGCCAAUGGUUACGCCAGCAGGACUGAGAACCAGGAGCUCGACAUUAUAUCGGACAGCCAUGGCGACCGCAAGAACUGA